AUGGACAUCAAGUCUUACCAGAGUCAUGCAGAGGGUUUUAAACACUAUCUAUUAGCAGAUCCGUUUCUUCCAUACACUUCUGUUCUUGCUGGAAUCUUUCUCUGCAAGAUGGCCUAUGAUAUUACCCAGUCAUUCAGCUCAAUUCAUAUCAAAUCAUACUCAGCUCUCACAAUGAAGAGAACUGAAUGGAACAACAGGGGAAUUUCUACACUCCAUGCGAUCUUUAUCUCAUUGAUGGCACUCUACUUUGUGUUCUUCUCUGAUUUGUUUUCUGACCAAAGAAGUCUUCAAGCCUUAGUGUUUCGCAGCUCGUCUAUUUCUAGCUUUGGUUUAGGGGUAUCCGUUGGUUACUUUCUUGCUGAUCUUGGAAUGAUCAUUUGGUUAUACCCUACUUUAGGAGGAUCAGAAUAUAUUUUCCAUCACUGCUUAUCUGGAGUAGCAGUAGCUUAUUCUCUGUUCUCCGGAGAAGCUCCUUACACAUAUAUGGUUUUACUCUCUGAGGUGACUACACCCGAGAUCAAUCUUAGGUGGUACCUUGACAUUUCUUGUUUGAAGCGAUCUAAGGCUUAUCUUAUUAAUGGAGUUGCUAUUUUCUUGGCUUGGUUGACAGCAAGAAUCCUUCUCUUCGUCAACAUGUUUUACCAUGUCUAUGUACACUAUGAUCAGGUGGCAAUGAUGCAUCCAUUCGGUUAUCUACUGGUUUUUGUCGUACCGGUUGCAUUGAGUGUAAUGAACUUGAUGUGGUUUGGUAAGAUAGUGAAGGGACUGAUGAAAACUCUUGAGAAAAAAGACAAUAAGGAAUGAGCUUUUUUCCUGAAUGUAGAGUUAGGAUUAGAGGGGGUGCUUAGCAUAAAAAUAAUAUAAUAGCGGGUGGGAUCCACACAAAACUAAGCACCUGUGCUUAUUCUGCUUAAUUAAGCACCGGUGCUAGCACUGUUUCUUGGGCCCCACUGAUACGUGGCGGUCCGCGAUGGUUCGUUUUUAAUUUUUUUUUUUUUUAAUCAGAAAAAAAAAACAAAAAAAAAAAAAUUAAGCACCUCAUUUGGGGUGCUAGGGGUUA